AUUCCAAUCCCAAUUCCAUAUUGAGUUAAGAAGCUUUCUCGUCAGUCUCCACUACCGCUACUUUCAGCAGCAACAAAAACAUUGAAGCUGCAAAGGCACAUAGAUAUCAAAGUCAGGCCUUUUUUGGCUUCUUUCUCCAAAGAAUCUGGCAGCACAAACAAAGUAGAGUCUCUCUCAACAACCUGAAACACCUUUUUCUAUAUGUUUUGUUCAUAAAUGGCAUCAUCUCUUCUCUCCAGAACUCUCUUGGGUCACCGCUUGGGUCAAUUCUCAUCCUCUCUCACACACAAACCCCUGAUUUUCUCUUCUCUUUUCAAUUUGCAGAAGAGACAGCUUCACGUACAGGCUGAGCCUACCUAUACACCAUAUAAAACAUCUGGUCGGCCUUCUCGUUUUAUGGCCUCAGCAAUUGACAGAAGAAUUAAUUUUUCUACGCAAUCUCUAUCCACAAAUGAUACGGUUGUUUCUGUUGAUUGGCUCCAUGCUAAUCUAAGGGAGCCUGAUAUGAAGGUACUGGAUGCAUCCUGGUACAUGCCAGAUGAGCAGAGGAAUCCUAUUCAAGAGUAUCAGGUUGCUCACAUUCCUGGUGCUCUUUUCUUUGAUGUUGAUGGAAUAGCGGAUCGAACUACAAAGUUGCCACAUAUGCUGCCAUCUGAGGAAGCCUUUGCUGCUGCGGUGUCUGCUCUUGGCAUCCAGAAUAAUGAUGGACUGGUUGUUUAUGAUGGAAAGGGAAUUUUUAGUGCAGCACGUGUCUGGUGGAUGUUCCGAGUCUUUGGGCAUGACCGAGUAUGGGUGUUAGAUGGAGGCCUCCCAAGGUGGCGUGCAUCAGGAUAUGAUGUUGAAUCUAGUGCUUCUAGUGAUGCUAUUUUGAAAGCCAGUGCUGCCAGUGAGGCUAUAGAGAAAGUCUAUCAGGGACAAACAGCUGGACCGGUCACAUUUCAGACAAAAUUUCAGCCACAUCUUGUCUGGACACUCGAUCAGGUUAGAAGAAACAUUGAGGAAAAAACUCACCAACAUAUAGAUGCCCGCUCCAAGCCCCGAUUUGAUGGUGCUGCACCAGAACCUCGCAAGGGAAUAAGAAGUGGCCAUGUCCCUGGCAGCAAAUGUAUUCCUUUUCCCCAUAUGUUGGAUGCUUCACAGACACUUUUACCCGCUGAUGAACUUAAGAAACGAUAUCAGGAAGAAGGCAUCUCAUUGGAAGGCCCUGUUGUUACUUCUUGUGGCACUGGUGUAACUGCUUGUGUUCUGGCAUUGGGCCUCCAUCGACUUGGGAAGUCUGAUGUUGCUGUGUAUGAUGGAUCUUGGACCGAAUGGGGUGCACAAUCAGACACACCUGUUGACACUUCACUGUAAAUCUUAAUGCCACCUGGUCAAAAUGUUCAGAACAAAACAGCUUGAGAUUGGCAAGUUCAGUUCUCAGAUUGUGAAGAAAAGGGGUUGAAUCUAUAACAGUUGAAUAUCAUUCAUCAUUUUUGGUUUCCAUUUUGCACCUGUAUGGUAACUUCAGAUCCACACUUGGUUUGAAAACAGAAAUGUUGAAUUCUAAGAUGUCUAUGAAAAAUGGUGUUUGCUGUUCACAUGAGCUGACAACAUAGGAUUCUGCUGCGAGCAAUCACAUUUUUAAGGCAGCAGAUGACUCAUAGGAGCUUAUGACCAGUGUUGGGACAUUGGUAUUGGUCAAAGAUAAAUAAAUAAGCAGCAGCAGCAUAAAUUUCUUUUC